CCAUGCUCAGCGCAGCAUGCGCGUUUUCUGGCCUACAAACAUCGAGCGACGGACGGGUACGGCAGUUGGGUGGCGCCUAGGCGACAGCGGGGAGAUACUCGUGAUCGUGGACGUCGUGGAGAACGAAGCCGUCCCGGCGAUCGAUCCACCGCUGGAGCCACUCGCCCACGUCCUCGCCGGCGCAUCAGCUCCGGAAUCAGACUCGAGUGCGGGGCUGACCAUCUGGGCCGACCCCUCGCCGGUCGCUUAUUCCCUUCACGUCGAGACUGUGCUCUUCACCCCUAUGAGAGAUCUGACUCUGCCUGCGGACGAGGGGGAGGAGGCGGGGUACGGCGUCCCGGUAGCGGCCGACCUGCGUGGACUUCUGGGAACACUGAAUGCCGUCGCGUCCGCGCAAGAUCAACUCCGCGGCCGUAGGCCUGCCCCGUCCACGCCGAUGGGAGGUGUCACCUUCCUCGCCCCGUGGCUGUUGCUCGGCGCGGGAAUGGUGUACUCUAGCCUUCUGACAAGAACAACGAGCACUCUCCUCGCUGUGGCAAUGGCGAGCGCUCUCCUCUUCCAGGGACUGAUUAGAGGCCCACCCCGCCGAGCCUCUGUCCGCUCUCCACUUGACCGCCUGUGCCUUCUUCCUCUGCCACUUUCUAGCGCUCUUUGUUAUCAGAUUAAGCAGCGGGCAGUUACCAUUGCUGAGCUGCUCGAGUGUCCGAUGGACAACAGGAACUCCGUCGCGCACUCCGCCUCGGCUGCGGCUGUUAACAUGGAUCUGCUUCUGGGAGCGCUCGUAGGCGUGCUGUUGCUCGCACAUCCGCACCUUCCUAUCCCGCCCGAUGUGGCCGACACCCUCACGCUGCCGAUCAUCGCGGCGCUCCGUUGGCUCGAUGACUGGCCGUUUGGUCUCAAGCUCAACACCGGGCUGAGCGCGUUUCUGUGUGAUUCGAUCACGCAUGUGUUAGGGUAUUGGCGCGACGCUGCCUCGCCCAUUCUUGUUCACGCGCUGCCGCACCUCUCAACAACUCUCGCUCUCGUCUGCUCUUUCGGGGUCUCAUUUGGCGUCGCUCUGUCCUCAGACCUUCUUACCCUGCUGACCCUCCACCUUCGCCUUAUCUACCUCGCGACAGCUGCACUGUCGCGCGCGUCGAUGACUGCUCUCCUUGGCCUUUGGGACCUUUUUCGAGGCCGCCGCUGGAAUGUCCUGCGCCAUCGUACCGACUCGCAUGCCUUUGAGGUUGACACGCUAUUUCUCGGCACCCUACUCUUUACUGUGACGGCCUUCCUGGCGCCGACGGUGCUAGCCUACGGCCUAUUGUUUAGCCUGAUUAAUUUCGUCAUCUCCAGCGCUCAACGUGUCCUUUCCGUCGUCAUUGCUGGGAUCAAUCGCUCCGUGGCCUUCCAGCUCGCGGCCUCACUCCCUCCCUUCCAAGGCAUUCCUGACGGCAUUGUGUUCGACAUCGUGUCCGCAAGCACACGUGGGCAAGCUGCAGCCGGGCCCUACCCCGUGCAUCACGCGCUCGAGCUCAAGAGAACGUCCAUGGGCGCCGGCGCGCUGCUGGGGCACUGGUGGCGCGACGCCUUGCUCACCGCUCGAUAGAGUAUUAGGGACCUGCAUCUACUAAUGUACAACAAGCUGUAUCGAUUGCUUGAGACAAGCUGGCGUCGCCGCAGGGAGGGCCAGACCGAGUUGUGCGCAUGCCGACGUUUGAGCCGUGAGAGUAGUCUGGCUGCACACGGCGGCAGCAGCACACCAGACGAGAGCAAGCACACCGACUCGAGC